AUUCGCCAGAUUGACAGUUAACUCGGCGCGAGGCGCUUCUUCAGCUAACUUUACCGAGUCUCACCUACGCUGGAAUUUAACAUCGCUUCCGGGUAAGAGCACCUCCGUGAAAAGCUCGUCGCAAUCUGGACUAAGAGCUGAGGCAAUGAGAAUCUAGGAGGGUCCCUAAGCGAAGUGAAAAGGCCAGAGGAAAAGGAGAUUAGUGUUGUGUUCAUGGCUGCUGGGGAUGGGGCGCAGCUGCCGGCGACACUAGCGGCCAGCAGGAGCGUGGAGAAAGCGCUGGAGGAGGCAGCGGCCAGCGGAGCGCUCGUGCUUUCCAACCGCAAACUCAAGGAGUUUCCCCGCACAGCCAGGAAUUACGACCUGUCCGACAUUACACAUGCAGACCUGUCGAAGAACCGGCUGUGUGAGGUGCCAGAGGAGUUGUGCCAGUUCAUCUCUCUGGAGACGCUCAGCAUUUAUCACAACUGUGUGCGCUCAGUUCCUUCCACCCUCUGCCAGCUACAGGCUCUCACCUACCUCAACCUCAGUCGUAACCAGCUGUCCAGUUUGCCCGCGUCAGUAUGUGAGCUCGCUCUGUUGCGAGUGCUCAACAUCAGCAACAACAAGCUACCAGUCCUUCCUGCUUCCAUACACAGACUUACACAUCUCCGGCAACUGGAUGUGAGCUGUAAUGAGCUGCAGUGUUUGCCGGUGGAAUUGGGUCAGCUGGAGGGUUUACGGGAUCUGAACUUGAGAAGAAAUCAACUCACGACCCUGCCAGAGGAAUUGGCCGAGUUGCCGCUAGUCCGUCUGGAUGUCUCCUGCAACAGAAUCUCCCACGUUCCCGUGUGCUUUCGGCACUUGCGGCACCUGCAGCUCAUCUCGCUGGAUAACAACCCUCUGCAGAUGCCCCCAGCACAGAUCUGCUCCAAAGGGAAGUUCCACAUUUUCAAGUAUCUAAACAUGGAGGCAUGCAAAAGGACCCAGGAUCAGCUGGAGAGAGCUCUGCGACCCAGUGGCUUCAGCAGCUGUCUUUCAGAUCAGGAGCUGUUCCCUGGUCAGUAUGGUGGUCUGGACUCUGGCUUCAACAGUGUGGACAGUGGCAGCAAGAGAUGGUCUGGAAAUGAGUCGGCUGACGAUUUUUCAGAGAGAUCUUUGCGUUUGACGGAAAUUUCUCGUGAGCAGCACAGGGAACAAGACGAGAGGAACGCGUCGCUCGAUACACCCAAAGUGAAUGGAGAUGUGGAGCAGGUGGAUUUCAUUGACGGAAGUUUAACAGAAGAGGAUGAGGAAAGCUGUAAACCAGACACUCCCAGUCCUCCACAGUCAUCACUCGCACAGGAGAAGACUGAAAGCCGGUCCACACCCUCACAGAGCCCUGAUUCAGUUGGCAGCAGGAGGAGUGUUGGCAGCGACUCGGCUGAUGCAGUCUAUCCGUCCAGUCCCACACUAGAGGAGAAGAAGAGGCCUGGCACGCUGCAGCUCUGGCAGGAGAGGGAGCGUGCGCAGCAGCAACAGCGAGAGCGUAUGCAGAAGACAGCAUUCAAAACAGGAAGUCAGUCGGCGGCAUCAGGCAAACAGGCCGGAACAGGAAGUGUCUCGUGUGGUGACUCCUCAGACAGUGGCGCCACUGUUAAUGGUCUCCGCCAAAGAUCUGUUACUGUGGAUCAGAUUUAUCCAGUAUCCCUGCAACGCUCAACAAGCCGCACAGAUGUGCCCUCUGCUAAGCCAUGUUCUCCCACUGGCAGUGCUCCCAAACCCAACAGCUUCCUCUUCCGCACCUCUUCACGCUGCAACGUCAAGACUUCAGGAUCAAUGCAGUCUCUGGCUGAGUCAGGUCGCAGUGAAUCUCGAUCCACGCUCAAAUCACCACGAGAGGAGAGAGCAGAAAUCGCCCAGUUACGGAAGUCCCUGGAGUCUUCUCUGAAGAUCACCCUUCCCGAAGAUUUCGGUGAUGCCUUGUCCAACGGUACCAUCCUCUGCCAGCUAGCCAAUCACGUACGCCCUCGGUCGGUGUCAAUCAUCCACAUCCCCUCCCCUGCUGUGCCGAAACUGAGUGCCGCCAAGUGUCGUCUCAACGUCGAAAACUUCCUCGCUGCCUGCCGCAAGCUGGGCGUUCCUGAGACGGAGGUGUGUCUAGCGUCUGAUAUCCUCUGCAGUAAGCUGCGUGCAGUGCAGCGCUGCGUGGAGUCUCUCUUGUCGAUAGGAGGAGGAGAGGAGCUGAAGGAGGAGAUACAAGCACUCUCUCCCGCUCUCUCUCCCUUCUCCCUCGUCCCCACCGGCUUCUUGCUCUUCUACUGCCUCGUCAUGGGCCUGCUCUUCCUGCUCUACCACCACCUUACUGCAUAAAGCGCAUAAGUGUGUUUACACGCGAGCAUGUGUCGGAUGUAAUCGAUGCGUGCACUUCCACAAACAAAUCAGGCUUUGCAGCAGUGCACUUGCACACUAUGGCACACUAUAGCUGUGUGCCGUAAGUAGAGCUAGCUGCACUGCCAUCCAGACAGCUUGGCAAUGUCUCUCACACACACACACACACACACACACACACACACACACACACACACACACACACACACUCUCUUAUAUGCCCCACAUAGUUCUGUUACACUAAAAGCUGCAGUGAGUAGAUGUGGAACUGACACAGUGGUUGUUUUUAUGCUGUAUCUGUCUUAAGCAGAAUUGUAUAUAAAAAUACUUAAUACUGUUACAGGUUUAUGGACAGAGAGACUUCGUAGGAUUGCAGUCUGUUGUUUUUUGUUUUUUGUUUUUUUUAAACUCAUGAAUUACAAAACAAAAGCAUUUUAUAUAAGCUGCCCAGAUAAAAAAAAAAAAUAGCCUCAUCUGUCAUUUCUUUUCUAAUACUUGCUUACACCGUCCCUCACCUUAAUAACAGCGCCAGUCCUGUUAGGUGUGGAAGCCAGCAGAACGUUCCAUCAAUGUUAGAUGACUCUUUCAUUUGCUUGAUGCAACUCAAAGCUAGACUUCAUGUAGACUACUUUUUAGGUUUUUCACCUUCUGUUUUUUUUUUCCUGUUAAAUAUUUUGGGUCAUUUGGCAAAUCCCACCCACUGGCCAGCUCUACGCUAUCACGAGUCAGCUAUAAAUUAGGGAGAGAGAGUUUGUGCUUUCACCGAGACCCAUGAAGUGAGCUACCGUAUCUUUUUGAACUGCUGCUCGUGGUAUAUCACAAGGCAGCAGAACAUGCCGGAGGAAAGUGCUAUCUGACUUCUUCCGCAUACAUGAGCUCACGUAAGAGCACGUGAUUGGCCGUUGGUUCUCUGAUUGUCAAGCUAGAGAAUAACACUGUUCCUCCAGUCUAGAAGCAUGGCCAGGUUUGCUCUCUAGGACUCCUGGAAAUGGAUAGGCGUGGCAGCAUUGGGAUUCGAAAUUUGCAACCUUCCUGUUCUGUUGCGUCACUCGGGAGCCACGUACCACAAGUAUUCUCUGCAGAGGUGCCUACAUCUAUGGUUUAGCUGUAGCAUUUAUGCUUGCUAAAGCAGUGGCCGGAUGCAAAUUCUGUAAAGUGCUUUUGCACAGACUUUAUCUAAGUUGCGUGACCUAAUCGAAAGCAAAAGGCAGAGGAUUUUCCACUACAGGUCAUUCAGCAAUAUAAUAGCAGGGUAAAAUGGGCCGUGUGUUCCCAUUCUCUUUGUUAUACAUUAUAUAAGAUGUACUUAAUUUUCCCUUUGGGCAGACAAGUUGUUAUUUCACUUCAGUAAUGAAACUCUAAACACAAGGGAUGUAUUGCUUUAAUGCUGUUAUCACAAACAUCCUGACCUCUGAAAUAUGUACAUACAUAUGCAUAUGGUCAUUUGUCUGUCUACCUGCUAACAUUUUCUUGUUGGCAAUGUUGGCUCCUCGUUCUAUGUGAUCGAGGUGAUAUUUGUAGGAGAGUCAAGGUGUCCAAGUGUGCUACCAUGCUUGUUGAUUUGGUCCUGUGAGUGUCAGAGUUGUGUUCUGCUUGAACCUGAAGCACCAAACGUCAGUAUCUGGCCAACAAACUGACCAUGAUUUAACGAUGACUUGCGUUCGUCUAUGUGCUGCUAUUGAUGGAUGAGGAUGAGUUUUGUGGGGGUUUUUUUGUCUGGGGAGCUUAUUAAAACCCUUAAAGCUAUGCUGUCCAUCACGGCUAGAUGUUUUUAAUCAGUUUGUUUUAAAAGUGGUAUUUAUCUGUUCUUAGUGUCCACUUCCCAAAGGGCUUCGUCGCCGCUUUGCCUUAGCUUACACAGGGGAUCGAGUUUUGAGGAUGGUGUAGUAUUUUAAUGCGUUUUAUAACGGUUUAUUUAGCCUCUGGCACGAAUCGUAAAAAUCCGCUCACAUCUUGUUCAAAGGGCUUUAAAUUUUUUAACCACUUUGUCUCAGUGCUUGCAAAUGUAAGUGCCUGCUAUGUCUGACUGAAGCUACUGUUACAAACUCCACCAUGUCCAUGACCAUUCCAGUCUCUCUGACCGCAGCAUUGCGUGUUAUUUAACAUUUUGGAAUGGUGUUUGCAAAUGAGUAUUAAAAUCCCUGUUCCCAUUUUGUUCAGAGUUAUUCAGUCGGAAUAUUUCUUUCAAAUAUCGGGGUUGAGGGACUGGAAUGAAAUGUUUGCUGUUCGUUUUGUUUGUUUCGUCUUGUUGACUGACUGUGACCACCAGGGGGCAGUGGUGUUGCACAACUGCACUCUAAGCUAUAUGUCUUAUGGUACCGAAGUAAUGUUUCAGAGUUCUGAUGUUGUAUGUAUGUGUAUUGUUUUUGGUCAGCUUGCUAUGUAAAAUUAAGUUAUUGUUUAUUUAUUCAUGCAUUCCUGUGUCAAGCAGCAGUAUUGGGUGAAACACGGCCUCACAGAGCAAAUCCCUCUCAGCUCGCACAAAGCAUUACAACAUUUGCUGCAGUUUAUAUGUAGCUUUAUGCAGAUUAUCUUCUGUGUUCAUAAAAAGAAAAACUGGUCUACUUGGGCCCAAGUCAUGAUUUGUCAAAUGCAAGACCAAUUUUCUAUGUUAAUAAAUAUCAGCUCUAUAUAUAUAAUAUAUGAAAGCUGUAAAUUCUUCUCAGUCGAAAUAACAUCCCAUUAAAACCUUCUUAAGCUUCUUUUUAAAUGCCUCAGUAACGUUGGUUUUAGGCCCAUGAGUACACCGUGUUUCCUCAGUACUGUCUGCUGCUGUUGCUUUUGUGUUCCCUGCAUACUUAAUGUGAUUUAGCAGCUUUGCAGACAGUUGACUAACGAGCAGACGCUCAUCUGGAGAGAGUGAUAAGGGCACAUGGGAGAGAACAGAGUGAAAGAGAAGGAGGAGAGGAGAAGCACAAGGGUGGACUGAUAGGAUAGAAAAUGUGAGGAGAGAAUUUUUUUAUUUAUUUAUUUUUUUAAAUGGGUUCAUUUUCAUUCAUCCAAUUUGUUGAAUUCUUCCCAUUAACGCAUUUAAAAUGAGAUUCCUCAAAUCUACAGUAUGCGCGGAUGUGAAAUAUCUUCUCAUGGUUCCCACAACUGAAAUCAUCGCUUUUUUUUUUCUUUUCUUUUUUUUAAUCACAUUUUCAGUCCACACAAAUGUAAUUGCCUGAAGGACUCACUGUAACCGAAAGCCAUGUUGCUUAUUCAGAGCAGGGAUGUUGAAAAACUACCCACUAAUGCUGCCCUCUUUGUUUGUUUGUUUUUUGUCUUUCCUUCUUUAUUUUAUUCCAACUACUUUCAGUUUUUUUGUUGGAGCAAGAUCUGCAAUAAUGUUUCAACCAAAAUGUCUUUUAGGGUGAAGCGAGUUUAUGAAAGCACCAAAACUCACUGGAGUUGAAUUUUGAACUUUUAAAGAAAUUGUUAAGAAGCAAGAUGUAUUUUGUAAUAUUUAUAUCCCUCAUGUAUUUAAGGAGGUCAAUUGUAAGUUUAUAUAGAUUCUGAUUUUUGUUUUUUUGUUGCUGUAAUUAUUAAAAAAGAAAGGGGGGGAAAGCA